AGAUGGAAGGAGGACAGAGACUCGAGCCGUGAAAGCGAACAGAUGUGACCCGGACUACGAAAAGAGAAGAAGCUGUAGCAAAGACGGACAACCUCUGAUUCUGCUAAUAUGUGGCAACCCGCGUCGGAGCGAUUGCAGCACUUUCAGACCAUGCUGAAGACCAAGCUAAAUGUGCUUACGCUGAGGAAGGAACCGUUGCCCACGGUGAUCUUUCACGAGCCUGAGGCCAUUGAGCUGUGCUCCACCACGCCGCUCACAAAGAACAGGACCCAUGCUGGAUACAAGGUGACCUACCUGGGUAAAGUGACAAUCUCUGGGACCCAGUUCCUAUCUGGCUGCACAGAGUCGGCAGUGGUCGGUCUGGUGGAACGUCGUGCCCUGGCCCAGCAGCAGGGCACCAACCCCGCGGGCAACUCACUGCUGGAGAUUCGGCCCUUCCAGGUGCGCCUUCACCACCUGGACGAGCAUGGCGAGGCCUCAGUAACCAUGGACACCUACCAGGUGGCACGGAUCGCCUACUGCACAGCUGACCAUAGCAUCAGACCCAACGUAUUUGCCUGGAUCUACAGGGAGAUCAACGACGACCUGUCCUUCCAGAUGGACUGCCACGCCGUGGAGUGUGAGAGCAAGCUGGAGGCCAAGAAGCUGGCGCACUCGAUGAUGGAGGCUUUCCGCAAGACUUUCCACAGCAUGCGCAGCGACGGCCGCAUCCACAAGAGUGGCUCAUCAGACGACUUUGCUGAGGACUCAUCCACCCCUGACGACUCGACCCCAGAAGACGGUUGAACUAGAACUCACCUAAACUCCUGAUCCCCGUCCUAACAAAUCAAGGGGUGACUGGAAGGAUGGACAGAUUACCUGCUUUCUCUCAUUCUCCCCAACUAUCUCUCUUACUGUUAUCAAUUUGGAAAAAAAGUAACUGACCCUGUGAGCAAACACACCCAGGACAAUGAAGUAGCUAUUCAAUACUGUAAAGGGAAGGUAGAUGGAAAAAGAAUUAAAAAAAGACCUAGACUUACAUACAGAGAUAGCAAAGUGCUGCCACUUUGAAUAAAUGGCCCUCAAAGACCCACAGGGGCCUUUUAAGCACCUAUGUAAAUGCCCUAAAGAGAUUGACUCAGCAUUUCCAUUUUCAAUCACUGUCACUCCUGCACCCAGUGGUUGUGGUUCUUAAGCUUUUUCAUCUAGGAAACAACAAAGUUAAGUCCCUGUUCUUCUGACCCCAGCUCAUGAAAACCUAUUGCUACUCUGGCUAUGUAGGUACCCAGCAGAAAUAGGCUUGUGAUCUAUUUUGGGUCCCAACCGAGAGUUUAUGAGACUGUUGGAGCACAUAAAUUCUUUAAAUGUUUAAUUAUGUGGAUCUUUGUUACAAUGCCUUCCACCUCGGAAAUAACAAAUUAGGAUGUGAAAGAAAAGAUCAGCCUUUAAGUACUACUCUUAUCAUCACUACAGUACCUUAGUCCAAUCCCAAAAUUAUUUGCUGGCAUGGCUGUUACUUAUGUGGACAAUGGAGCCAGAGCUUCUACCUCUGUCUCCGUUUAAUAGGUAUUUAAAGAUCCUGAGUAUGUUAAAGGCACCUGGGAGGAUAAAGGUGCUAAAUGAUGUUACAUUUUAGAAGUUCUCUCUCGGCUGAACGCCUUGGCCUGUCUCAGACACCUUAAUCAUCCACAUUUGACUUCUGUUUUGAGUAUACCAAAAUUCAGGCUGGAUUUUGCCUGUCAGAUUAUGUGCCUCACUUUCCUCUCACAUUAGUUUGGUCUCUCACCCAGGUCCCAGUGUGUAUGUGUGGCCAUGUGUGUGUGCCAGCCUUUGUGUGUGUGUGUGUGUGUGUGUGUGUGUGUGUGUGUGUGUGUGUGUGUGUGUGUGUGUUACUGUGUGUGUAGGUGUAAUUGCUUACUUCUGUACUUUGUGUAUAUGAAUGUACACGUGAGUGCUUGCAUGUCUGUGCGUAAAAAAGAGAAGGUAGGGCGCGACUUCUCAUCGCCCCGGAAGCAUCCAUUUUUGAUGGUUAAGGAGGUGUUUUAAAAUCAGACACACAGUACUGUGACCAUUUGCCACGUUUUCUUACUUUAAUCUUGUAUGAAAUGAAGAAAUGAAUAUGAGAGUCUGAAUGUGCCAGUCCGAGGUGGUAGUACCCUAAAUCACAGCCGUCCAAGAAAACGACUGGCGACUCCUGGCCUCUGCUGAAUGUAUGAUGAGUCCGACCUGCUGUGAGCACCUCACACCAUCUCCAGUCACUUCUGUCUCCCAUAAUCUCCUCAUGCUCUCACAGACAGCUGUAAGGGAGCGAGCCUGUGAUGAGUUUACUCUGCUGCCCUGUAUUGCCUCUCCAAAUGACUUAGGCGCCGUUGUGGGACAAAAACUCAAAAGAGCUCCACGGUACUUUCUUCUUUUCUAACUGGACUGAAUUGAACAGACUGGACGCUAUGAGUGGAAAUGGUCUUCGGUCUGUGACUUAAACAGAAUGAUCAGAUGGCUCUGAUCAGCACACUCUCACAUAUACACAACUACAUACAACUAUACAUAUGAACACGCACAUUGCAUUUGAAUCUCGCUCAAUAAGCUUAUGUAAAUACAAAUGUAUCACUUUCCAAAUAUUACAGCAUAAAUGUUGAUUGCUAUUUUAAAUAAUAAAAAAAAUGUUGAGAACAGCAUACGAUACAGAAACAGUGUUAUAAAGCCUACUGUGAAAUAAUAAGUGGAGAGCCUGAUAGCCGUGUCUGUGCGAGCACGUGUGUGCUAGUGUGUGUGUGUUUGGAACGGAUUGUAUGUGGUGAGCAUUGUGGUGAGGGGUCUGUAUGGACAGGACGAGGGAGGGGAUGUUUAUAAAGCUGUAGAUUACUGUGUCAUGUCAGUCUGAAAGCUCAGACGUGCUUUAAAUGUCGGAAAAAUGUUACUUAAGUGUUUUCUAUACAGUGUUUGCAAAGAUCAAGAAUAUUGCAUAUAAAGUAUUUACCAAGACCAAGCGUAUGAUGGUGUGGUCUGUUUUGUCUCGAAUCCACAUCUCGUGCUGCCUCCUUCAUUCCAUCACCAGAUCCUGGCUGAAAGAAAUUUUGAUUCUUUUAACUCUGCUCACUGGAUUCCCUGCUGCGGCCGUGUGUGGGAGGAUAAAUACAAAGCUUGUCAGUUUCAGAGCAAAUAGAAUGGGUAACCCAAUGAUACUCUGACAGGGUGCCAGGACAGAUGUAAAUCGUAAUCACACGUUGCCGCAUACUGGAAUAUGAUUUUCCUGAAACUGUUUGAGGUAUAAAAUCUGUU